AUGGAACCUGCCGUCAUAGUCGAACAGAACGAUGAGCCUGUCACUGAGGACCAGCCGAUUGACCCCAAACAAUUAACCGAGCUGCCGGUUAGUCCCAAGCAAUCGGCUAGUCUUAGCCAGUCAUUCUCUCAGCUAGUACCAAGCGACCAGUCUGUCCGAGGCUGUCAGUCAACCCCAAACCACCUCCAGGCACCACCGCCAAGCUGGUGA